AUGCUUACGUGUGCCAAAGGUGUCAUUGAAAAACAUACAUCUUCACCCCUGAUCAUAAACAAACAACAGAUACAAAUAGAGAUUUACAACCUAAAAACAGAGGCUCAGAGUCAUGAUGCCUCGGAGAACCUACAUGUUAAAGCAUUGAAGGUGACAUGUCUUCCACAAGGUAUCAAUGAUGAACAGAUAGAAUUGUUCUUUGAGAAUCAUAAGAAGAGUGGAGGUGGAGAAGUGGAAAAAGUGGAGGUUGAUGAGGCUUCCAACAGUGCUGUUGUUUGGUUUAAAGAGGCUGAAGGUGCCAAAGGUGUCAUUGAAAAACAUACAUCUUCACCCCUGAUCAUAAACAAACAACAGAUACAAAUAGAGAUUUACAACCCAAAAACAGAGGCUCAGAGUCAUGAUGCCUCGGAGAACCUACAUGUUAAAGCAUUGAAGGUGACAUGUCUUCCACAAGGUACCAAUGAUGAACAGAUAGAAUUGUUCUUUGAGAAUCAUAAGAAGAGUGGAGGUGGAGAAGUGGAAAAAGUGGAGGUUGAUGAGGCUUCCAACAGUGCUGUUGUUUGGUUUAAAGAGGCUGAAGUUGUAGCCAAUGUUUUAAAGAAGCACGAGACAUCACCAUUGACGAUCAACAAGCAAAAAGUGGGAAUAGAGAAAUAUCGUCCUCCAAAUAAAAAAAAUUUAGAGAGUCUGGAUCAGAAAAGAAAAAUUAAAGUAACAAAGCUUCCAAUAGGAAUUUUAGAGGAACAAAUUUCUCUUUUCUUUGAAAAUAACAAAAAGAGUGGAGGUGGAGAUGUGGACAAAGUGGAUUUUGAUGAGUCGGCUAAUACUGCUAUUAUUUGGUUUGAAGAUGCUAAAGUUGCAUCAAGCGUACUAGAAAAGCAUGCUUGCACACCGUUAAUGAUAAACAAGCAAAGAAUAGAAGUAGAAGAAUAUCAUCCUUUCCUCAAAGACGAAGGAAGCACUUCAGAAGUUGAACAGGAUCAGAGAGGAGCAAUUAAAGUAACAAAACUACCCUCAGGGACUUCAGAAGAAGAAUUGACACUUUUCUUUGAGAGCCGUAAAAAGAGUGGUGGUGGUGAAGUGGAUAAAGUGAAGUACGAUGAAGACACGAACAGUGCUAUUAUCUGGUUCGAAGAUGCUGAUGUUGUUCCAAGUGUCCUGGAAAGGGUUCCAAUUUUGUUCAAUAAAAAACAAAUCUUUGUGGAAGAAGUACGUUUAGAUGGCAUGAAAGUAGAAAAAGAGGCAGACGAUGAUACUCUUGGCCCAUUGUGUACAAUUGAAGUAAGAGGUAUGAAGGAAACAACAUCUAAAGAUAACAUAGAACUAUACUUCGACAACAAGAAGAAGUCAGGAGGUGGAGAUGUUGUAGAGGUCAAAGGUGAAGUGGAAGACGGAGUCCUGUAUGUCACUUUCGAAAACGAGAGCAAUAUUGAACAAAUUCUGAAUCGCGAACAUAAAAUUGAUGGAGCUAUCUUAGAAGUCAAACUAUACCAACCCCCCAAGCCGAUACCUGUAUAUCCAGACAGGGUACUUGUCUCAGGCUUUAAAGAAGGGACAUCGGAGGAUUUACUAACGAAUUUCUUUGAGGCCAAAACUGGAAAAGAUGUCGAAAGCGUCGUUUUUAAUCAAGAUCAGGAAAUGGCAAUGGUUAUUUUUAAGGAAUUAAUAGAUUUUACCAAACUUGAGGAGGUAUGUCAAAAGAAAUCUUUAGAAAAGCACUUUUUUACAAUAAAAAAAGUUCAUAUUUCAAACUGUAUAAUUGUGUCUGGAUUCGCUGAGAACACAGUUGAAAGCACACUAGAACUCUACUUUGACAAUGAGAGGCGAAGUGGUGGAGGUGGAGUGUUGGACGUAAAAUUAAACACAGAUGAUGACACUUGUUUGGUGUUUUUCGAAGAUCACACAGUGUGCGACAGAGUUUGCCAGAGAAGUCAUAAACUUGAUAAGAAUGAAUUGACUGUACAUACAUAUCAUGAAUGCUUGGGACAAUCAUUUAAUCCUGAAGAGGGACCAAAGUUCAAGCCGGUUGAUCCAGUGGUAGUGAGAAACCUUGAAUUAAGAAAGAUGAAAUUUGUGCACAGUUCUGAGGAAAAUAAAGAGGUUUUUAAUGAGCAAGCAGAAUUGGCAUAUGGUAAAAUAAAGUGGUCAAACAAAGCAGCCACAGAAUUAACAGUAGAAUGUACUUUAAGGAAAGAUACAAAAGAUUGUCGAAAAUUGGCUAAAACAUGGAAGGAGCACAUGAUUGAUGUCAUUAAAAAAUUGCUGGAAAAUCUACAUGUAGAGGUCAUGAAUGUCUUGCAGGAAGCGUGGCAGACAACCUUAGAAGAAAUUCAAAAAUUGAAUGUUCCUGAUCCCAAGAAAGUAGGAAUUGUUAUAGAAAAGAACAAUAACACUAUUGUUAUCGUGGGCUAUGAAAAUCAGGUUGCUGAAUUAAGAGAAAAUGUUACGCUAAUCAUAUCUAAAGUAGUAGGUGAGUUAGAGAGAAGGAAACAACAAGUAAAGGAGAGGGUGCAAUUGAAGCACUAUCAGCUUCUGUUACUUCGUGAUGAUAAUUUCAAAGAAGCAACAGAAAGAAAAUUCCCAAAUGUAGAAGUUACUUUCGAUAUCCCGGAAAAAACUAUCACAUUUGAAGGACAAUGUUCAGAUGUCAAUCACGCAAAAUUAUUAGUCUUUGAAAAAUGCCAACAAAUAUGUCAGGCUUCUGCGGGAAAGUUUUCAAAAAACAGACAAGUUUUUUUAAGCAGAGAGGAAGUCAGUGCCAGAAUUUCAAAGGAACUGAAAGAAAAGGGAAAUAUGAGCUGUUUUGUUUUACAGAGAGAGGAGGUGAUUUGUUAUGCCUUCUCUGAUGAUAAAGCUGUUGAAGCAGCACAUGCAGUAAAGGAAAGCAUUGCAGAGUCCCCCAUCGAUGUAAACCCAGACUCUGUCUAUCUUUUAAAUACAGAUAAAUGGGAGAAACAAACAAAAAGCAUCGAAUGUACACAAGAUUUCGAGGGCCUUCUCCAGAUUAUAACAAUAGCAGAACAAAGACAAGUUAUUAUUGUAUCGAUGAAUGAAUACGUGGGCCGUGCAAGAGAACUGAUAGAAGACUUUCUUCAUGACAAUACUAUUAAGAGUUAUACAAUGGAAAUUCCUCCAAGUCUUUCUAAAUUUUUGGAGCUACACCAUGGAGGCAAAUUUGAACGGAUUUCUGAAAGUUUGAAAGAACAGCAAGUCCAAAUAAAGAAAAAUAAUAAUAAAAUCGAUAUUAAAGGGACCCAAAAGGGACUGAACCAAGCUAAGAAAAAAAUAGAGGAUAUCUUAAAUGGGAUCCAAUGGAAAAAACAAAAAAUUGAGAAACCAGGAAUUGCCAAACAUUUAAAAAGUUCGACCGGCAAAAUAAAAAUUUCUGAAGUUGAAAAACAUCACACCUGCUACAUUCAAAUUGGCGAUGAAGGAUCGACAGAUUUGUCAAAUUUUUUGAGUACUUCUUCAGAAUCGGGUAUAAAACGGGGCCAAACCUCAAAUAAAAAUAUGACCGAAUAUAUAACUAAAGCUGGUGUUAGUAUAAAAGUUAAAUCUGGUGAUUUGACUGCUCUUCGUGUCCACGUGAUUGUUAAUGCUGCCAACCAAGAACUUUAUCAUCAGGGUGGACUUGCGGGGGUCAUUGUUGAGAAAGGUGGUAAUGGCAUUCAAAACGAAUGUUCAGACCACGUUAGAAGAAAUGGAAAGCUGUCUGAAGGAGACACUUUCUGCUCAAUAGCAGGGAAACUGGCCUGCGAAAUGAUUGUUCAUGCCUGUGGACCCACUUGGAGAAAUGGAAUGAAUCUAGAGCGUGAGCGCCUUACGGACUGUGUUGAAUCGGCAUUGACAGAAACAGAAACAAGGGGCUAUAACUCGAUUGCAAUACCUGGAUUAUGUACCGGCAUAUUUGGCUACCCUGUUAACCAAGCCACUUCUGUCAUUGUCAAAGCAAUAAAAUCAUUUCUAAAGAACAGAACAAGAUCCACAAUUAAAGAAAUAAUUUUGUGUGAUGUGCGGGAAGAAACUGUAAAAUGUUUCAACGAGGCAGUAAAGCAAGAGUUUAAGGGCAAGCUUCAAAAUGUGGAUGACCUUGCGUCCGCAUAUUUCAAAGAUGGUAAGGCAGAUUUCUUUCAAUAA